CCUGGAUGAGCACUGGAAGGACAUGCAUCUGAGCCUGUGAUGAGGGACGAGAGAGCAGGCAGCAGGCAUCUUCAUCUCGAGCAACCCUAACUCCAACGUCAUCUCACAUAAGGCUUCCACAAGAAACAAAUCAGCCAUGGCAUACGUCCUAAGAGUGGGAAUCCUUCUGGUGGUAUCCAUACUUGCAUCCGCCUCCUCAGACAUAUCAGAAGAUAACUGUACAGUAUCAGAGAUUCGUCAAUGUCAGCCGGGCAUCCUGCUCCCAGUCUGGAACCCCCACAAUCCAUCCACAGGAGACAAAGCUGCCCGGGCUGUGGUUUAUUUUGUAGCAAUGCUUUACCUCUUCCUGGGGGUGUCAAUCAUUGCUGACCGCUUCAUGGCCUCGAUUGAGGUCAUCACAUCACAAGAGAAGGAAAUAACACUGACCAAACCAAAUGGAGAAACGAGUGUUGCGACUGUGCGCAUAUGGAACGAGACAGUUUCCAAUCUGACACUGAUGGCACUAGGUUCUUCUGCUCCAGAGAUCCUUCUCUCUGUUAUUGAGGUGUGUGGUCACAACUUUCAGGCAGGUGAACUAGGGCCAGCAACCAUUGUGGGUUCUGCUGCAUUUAACAUGUUUGUGAUUAUUGCCAUUUGUGUCUAUGUCAUCCCCAAUGGUGAGUCAAGGAAGAUCAAGCACCCAAGAGUAUUUUUUGUCACAGCUACCUGGAGUAUCUUUGCUUACAUAUGGUUGUACCUCAUUCUCGCUGUUAUCUCUCCAGGUCGUGUCCAAGUCUGGGAGGCGUUGGUCACUCUCUUAUUCUUUCCAGCCUGUGUGGUCUUUGCAUGGAUAGCAGACAAGCGUCUUCUCUUUUACAAAUAUGUUUACAAGAGGUACCGAGCAGAUAAGCGUAGAGGUAUCAUCAUUGAGACUGAGGGGGAAUUCCCCAAAAGCAUAGAGAUGGAUGGCAAGUUGGGGGCAUCUGCAGUAAUGCCUGCAGAAACUAAAGAACCUGGAGUGCAAGACAGUGCAGCGGCAGCUGCUGAAGCCAAGGAACUUGACGAAAGCCGUAAAGAGGUCAUACGCAUCUUGAAAGAACUGAAGCAGAAGUAUCCGGAACGUGAGCUGGACCAAUUGGUGGAAAUGGCAAAUUACUAUGCGUUGCUGCACCAACAGAAGAGCAGGGCCUUCUAUCGUAUCCAGGCCACACGUAUGAUGAUAGGUGCAGGCAACGUGUUGAAGAAACAUGCAGCUGAACAUAGCAAAAAGCCAGCCAAUCUUCAGGAGGUGACGUCCGAACCUGGAGAGGAGAACACAAGCAAGAUCUGUUUCCAACCUUUCAACUACCAGUGUCUGGAAAAUUGUGGAUUUGUGACGCUCAAUGUUGCUUGCCAAGGAGGAGAUGGUGGGAGCACAUUCUAUGUGGACUAUAAAACAGAGGACGGCUCUGCCAAUGCCGGCUCUGACUACGAAUACAGUGAAGGAACUUUAAUUUUCAAACCAGGAGAGACCCAAAAAGAGAUUAAGAUUGGUAUCAUUGAUGAUGACAUCUUUGAGGAAGACGAACAUUUCUUUGUACGACUCAUGAACUUAAGAGUAGGCGAUGCAGAAGGAAUGUUUGAAUCGGAUGAGGACGGUCGCCCAAAAGCACGUCUGGUCUCUCCGCUCAUUGCCACAGUAACCAUAUUGGACGAUGACCAUGCUGGAAUUUUCACUUUUGAGGAGAAGCUUGUUCAUGUCAGUGAAAGUGUUGGAGUUUUGGAGGUAAAAGUGGUUCGCAACUCCGGGGCAAGAGGAACUGUUGUUAUACCAUAUCGGACGGUAGAAGGUUCUGCACGAGGAGGAGGAAUUGACUUUGAAGAUGCCUAUGGAGAGCUGGAGUUUCUGAAUGAUGAGACAGUUAAAACCCUACAAGUCAAGAUUGUUGAUGACGAAGAAUACGAGAAGCAAGAGAACUUCUAUGUGAUCCUGGAGGAGCCUCGAUGGAUGAAACUAAAUAUCCAAAAAUCUCUGUUACUCAAUCAGGACGAUGAAGACAAGAAACUGACCUCAGAGGAGGAGGAGGCUCGGAGGAUUGCAGAGAUGGGAAAGCCAAUACUUGGGGAGCACUCCAAGAUGGAGAUCAUUAUUGAAGAGUCCUACGAAUUCAAGAGCACAGUGGACAAACUUAUAAAGAAGACAAACUUGGCACUGGUGAUUGGCACCCAUUCCUGGAGGGAGCAGUUCAUGGAAGCCAUCACCGUCAGUGCAGGUGAUGAAGAGGAGGAAGAUGAUGGAAGAGACGAAAGACUGCCUUCCUGUUUUGAUUACGUCAUGCACUUUCUGACAGUCUUCUGGAAAGUUCUGUUCGCCUUUGUGCCCCCUACAGAAUACUGGAAUGGCUGGGCUUGCUUUUUUGUCUGCAUCUCCAUUGUUGGGUUUCUCACUGCGGUCAUAGGUGACCUCGCCUCACAUUUCGGCUGCACCGUAGGACUGAAGGACUCAGUCACAGCUGUGGUGUUUGUGGCACUUGGGACAUCUAUCCCUGAUACAUUUGCAAGUAAGGUGGCUGCAACACAGGACCAGUAUGCAGAUGCCUGCAUCGGCAAUGUGACGGGCAGCAACGCAGUGAAUGUCUUCUUGGGCAUUGGAGUGGCCUGGUCUGUAGCUGCAAUUUACUGGGCCAUUCAAGGAAAAGACUUUGUGGUGAAUGCGGGGUCAUUAGCCUUUUCGGUCACACUCUUCACCAUUUUUGCAUUCAUCAAUAUCGGUGUCCUCUUAUACCGUCGUAGACCCCAUAUAGGAGGGGAGCUUGGAGGGUCUCGACUCUCCAAGACACUCACUGCCAUUCUUUUCUUAGGCUUGUGGUUUCUCUAUAUAUUGUUCUCUAGCCUGGAAGCCUACUGCCAUAUCAAGGGCUUCUAA